GAAGUUUGUCGCUGUCGGUUUUAAAGAAAAACCUCAAUCCUAAUUGAAUUCAAGAGCAACUCUUGAAGUAAACAAAAUCGCAAACCGCUCACGGUUCGGUACUGACGUGUGCGCGUUCACCCCGUUUUAACGGACAAUCGUAUAGGCUACACGAAAUUCAUUUUCGAACUCACUCAUAUUAAAAAGCUACUAUUUGGAGCUACAGCAGCAGUUUACAUUGUCACUAACCUCAGCGAAAAUGUUCCGUUUAAUCCUUUUAAGCACCUUAGUUGCCAUUGCCGCGAGUCAGGGUUACAAUCAAAAUCCCAAGACAGCGGCUAUUAUUAGUGAACAACGUUACCUUGCCGGUGAUGGCAAAUUCGGUGCUGCCUAUACACAAGAGGAUGGCAUUAAUUUCAAGGAGGAAACCGAUGCCGAUGGUACACGUCACGGUAGCUACAGUUAUGUAGAUCCUACAGGCGAGCGUCGUACAAUUUCCUACACUGCUGGCAAAAAUGGUUUCCAAGCCAGCGGUGAUCACUUGCCCGUACCACCACCAGCUCCACCACAACCCGUGCCACAGCCAGGCUAUGCACCACAGCCACAAUACCAGCCACCAGCACAGUCGGGCGGUUACCGCAGCAACGACUACGAUGACGGUUCGUACGAUCCACGUUACAAUGAUCCCGGUUUCGGUCAGCAACAAGGUGGCUAUCAGGCACCACAACCGCAAUAUCAGCCACCAGCACCCGCCUACAAUCCACCACCACAACAGCCAGCCUAUAAUCCACCGGCGCCACAAUACAACAGCUACCAAGCACAGCCACAACAACAACCCUACUAUCAACAGACCACACCCAAUCCACACCGCUUUGCACCACCCGGCAAAUUGUCGCUGAAUCGCACACCAGACGGCUUCAGCUACAGCUUCAACAAGGUCUAAGCGGCGAUCUCUGUGCUUAGGUAUGUGGGUGUUGGGGCGGUCAAGCAUGGCAGAGGCGGGGGUAAACGCAGAAGGAAGAAAUAAAAGAAAAAAAUGUGGAUGUGAGCGUAAACACUAACUGAGCUACCUAUAACUAAACGCUAAGUGCGCUGCGUCUGGUGUUGCAGCUGUGCGGCACAGCGCGCUAAGCUUGCAUUUCUGUCUUCUCGAACUACUCGAACUACUAGCGAUUUCUCAUACAACUUAUUCCUAUCGUUUCGUUUCAAAUUCUGCAUGCUUUGGUUUGUUUCACUUUCAUUUCAUUUUGUUUGGGUUUUUCUUUAUAUUAUUUUAUUUUAUUUUGUUUUUUUUUUUGGUCGCGAUCAAUUUUAUUUUGCAAUUAUUUUAAUAUUCAAUUAUUUUCUUUGAUUUCUAUGUGUUCUUAGUUUCUUCUCAUUUUUCUAUAAUUACAUUUCACAUUUCAUACAUUUCAAUCUCUCAAACUUCUGUUUCCUUUACAUGAACGUUCACUUUGUGAUAUCUAAAAAGUAAUGGCAUAAAAUUGUUGCAACAAUUCCUUCAGGUUACUCUUAUAUGUAAUUUAUUUGUGCUUCCUUUUUAUUUGUGUAACUUUAAUUUUGUUUUUUUUUUCUUGUUUUUUUGUAAAGCAAUUGUGUCAAGUUUAAAUAAAAAUUGUUUUAUUGUGAA